GUCUUCCUGGUCCGUCGGCUUUAUUGGUUAAAUGUGAAUCGCAAACGUUCCACAUGCCUGUAAAUGCCCGUGUUUCAGCUUUGCGACAGUGACAGCAAAUAUACCACUAAGUCUCUUAAAUUAAGAAAAUUAUUUCUCACUUCCGAUGGAGAAUGGCUUUGUAGACUGCCACUGUCACAUAUCCGCGCAUGAGUUUGAACAGGACCUGGAUGAUGUGAUUAAAAGGACCACACAGGCUGGAGUUAGGAUUCUUGUGGCAGUAACAGAAGGUCAAGAAGAGUUUGACAGAGUUCUACAGCUCAAGAAGAGUUAUGGUGCUCUAAUAGCUCCCUGUUUCGGGGUCCAUCCUCUUCAGAGCAAUGGGGGUCCAGACAAACGCAGCGUGAAGCCUCAGGACCUGGAAGCUGCCCUACCAUAUUUCUAUCAGCACAGUGAAGAGCUGGUUGCUAUUGGGGAGAUUGGUUUGGACUUCACUCCAUGGUUUGCACCAUCUGAACAGGAAAAGAAUGAUCAAAUGAAGGUCUUUGUCCAGCAGCUAGAGGUCGCCAAAGAGCUCAAUCUCCCUGUGAAUGUCCACUCUCGGUCAGCAGCUAAAGUUACCAUUUCCACCAUGAAAGAGCAAGGUGUAACUGGUGCUUUGCUUCAUAAUUUUGCUGGGAAGCUGUCAGUGGCAUUUGAUGGAGUUAAAGCUGGAUACUUCUUUUCUUUUCCUCCAGCAGUUUGCACAAACCCACAGAAAGUGAAGUUGAUAAAGCAGAUCCCACUGGAGCACAUCUGUCUGGAAACGGACUCCCCAGCUUUAGGCCUCAACAAACAUGAAAGAAAUGAACCGUGCAACAUCAGCCUGGUUUGUCAGUACAUCGCCCAGAUUAAAGGACUGUCCACAGAAGCUGUUCAGUUUGUAACAAGUCAAAAUGCUCAGAGACUUUUUACAAAGAUCAACCAGCUCUGAUACAGCUAGAUAAUCCCUGGGGGAUGGAGUGUGGUGAACACAUUAAAGCAGAACUCAGCAUCUUAUUUUUAUAUUUAUAUAUGAAUAUGUGAAGCCAAGUGAGGGCAUAGAAAUACUUGUCAAUGGGAAAUGAGACAAGAACAGCAAAGAAACAAAAAAUGAACAAUUCUAGGUUUUUGUAUACUGUAGGUUUUGAUAAAAUAUGUUUGUAAAACUUCUUUUUUGAGGUAAUCAGACAUCUACACCAGGUGGAAAUGAUCUGGAAAAAAAAAAACUUUUGGUGAGUGUAUUUGACAGGAAUGCAUUUCUUUUGUAUUUUUUAAGCUACUGUACCAUAUAACGCACUUGACCAACCCUUUAUACGUCCCUGUGUGUGUUUCCAAUGAGUUAAUUUGCACAUUUGAUUGUAUUACAGCUACUCCAAAUACAUACCUUUGAAACCUUUAGCUAAAUUUGGUAGCACAUUAGUUUCUCUCCAGUAAAGUAAUUGAGGCACACAAUCAACUUAAUUACAGAAGUCCUACAUACUGACUGAAGUAUAUUUUGACUCCAACCCCUGUAAUAGUAGUCUAGUAUAAUUUUACUCUGAAAUAGUUUUUCCUAUCACUCAUAUUUACAUAAGUAUUAAGUACUCCUUACAACUGUCCUCAUAGUGCCGUCUUUGGGCCAGUUGAGCAGGUGCAAGGCGGUCGAGGCGGGAGGUCCUGGUUUGGUUCUGGCCCCUCAGAGCCUGGUCCAGACUGGAGCUGGUCUUCAGGUGUUUUCUGAAGUGCUUUCUUUGGGCUCUGUCCCAGGACUGACGUGGGCCGCCCUCCACCUGGCACCACGUCUCUCUCUGCAUAUUUAACUCCAGUAACGCCUGUUCAUCUUGGUUGGGCAUCUUGGUUCAAUGAAGUGAAUAGGAGUUCACAAAAUAUGAUAUAUAUACAGGGUUUGUUGUUGUGGUGGUAUUCUCAAUGGCAGUUUGUGAUGUACAGGUUUCCACAGUGAUGAGAAACUGAAGAUGGUUAGAGAUGGUUAAGGUUACAGAGAUGACUCACUAUGGAUGGAACCGAUGAAUGGAUUGUCUUAAAAAUAAUGACUGAAAAAAGAGAGAAUUAAUAAAUUGAGUUUCACACAUUUGAACAUCUUAGAAAGUACUUAAAUGAUUAGUCACUGAAUUUGUUCAAAAUAUUUUUUGUGGUAGUGUUAAAAUGUAAAACCAAGUUGUUUUAUUACCACAAAAACAGCAAAAUAAACGAAUAAAUGAAACUGAACUGAAAUCUAUUGCAGAAUUUGAACUAGCUGCAUAUAGUUUAGUGAAGGUCAUUGUCUCAAAAACAGCAAUUUUCUCUACCUUUAUACAUUACUGGCAAAAUGUUAUGCUUAACUUGUUGCUCUGCGUAGACUACUUUUGUAUGGACAUUUGACCAACUUUUUUCAGAACUAUAAGCAAAAUGUAUACUGCCCUCCUGGAUGUGGAAUAAUAUUUUUGUCUGGAUAGUUUGUGAAAGCUGAGACAGAGUGGGACCUCCCUCCUGUUGUUUGGAGGUUACAGGAAAUCUAAUCUUCCUGAGAAACACGUCAUGCUCAAAUAGCUACAGUGGUACAUGUCCCUUACAGUAAAUGGUUCUGACCAAUAUAGACAUCAUACGUAAUGCCAAAAUGUUUACCCCUCCCUUAAAAUACCCAAUAUUAUUGUUUGAGUUUUUACAGGUUCUUAUAUAAGGCAGACUAACCACUGCCAUAACAACACAGCGAUGACAUGCAUGUACACUCCACUCAGAGGGCUCCAGACUCCAAACCCACAAUCUCUUUACUGACAACCAGGAGAUAGGCUAAUCACUUUGCCACAGUAACAGCAGCGAGGAUAGGAACACUGCUCUCCAUUGUUAACAAUAGAGUAACUGGCCCAGGACCAAGGGUGUGGUUCUGCUGCCUUAUAUUUGAAUAGGAACCAACGUUUUUAGUUAUAGCCUAUGGGGAUAGAGACAAGAGUGAAUGGAGCUGUGAAUGAUUAGGUUAGUGUGGGUCAAACCAGGAUUAAAGAAUUAGACUAACAUAUGGGUGUAGCUAAUAAGUCUAACUGUGGAAGAAGAGGUGGGAAUGACCAGAACUGUAGAACUGUCUCUGUGCUGUAAAUUAUAUUCAUAAUCUACAGCAUAGAGAAUUCAAUUAUAUACAUGUAGAAUUUUCACUUUCACAAAAUUCUAGCACUUACGUGGACUGCAUGAGGUACAGCCAGCUAAACAGCAGUCACAGCAGUUAACACUUGGGGCAAUGGAUAGACAACCUUCCACUCUCUCAUUUAUUUCACAAUGUUUUCCAAUCUAUUAGCCAAUGCAUUUAGAGGGAGAGAAAGCCAAAGUAAACACUGAUUAAGUAGGCUCAGCUAACACCAGAACAUGCAGACUCCACCCAGAGAGGCUGAGUUGUUGACAACCCCACCUUGUGAAAUGUCCCCUUCAGAUAGACCAACUUCAGAUAGACCAACUUUAGACGAACUUUUACAAGUCACAAUGCAUAUAAUUAAAUUACUUACUUAAAUAGUUUAUUUGCCUUCUCAAGUAUCACUAGGGCUGCUUUCUUAACCAUGGUGAUCUUAACACUAAAACUGGGUCUAAAACAAUAGCUAAAAUGGGUCUAAACCUGAACAAAAUGUUGCCUAAACUGGGCUUAAAGAAUGUCUUGAAUAGGCUACCUGACUAAAACAUAGGUCUUAAUUUUAUCUAAAACCAAUUAACUCUAAAAACUGUUGUGGCAUUCUCUAGAGACACAUCACAACCACCUUAUAGUAAUAGUAAAGUUUCUAUUUCUAUUGCAAGAUAUGUCUAGCAGUCUUGGACCAUUUUGACACACUAAACUGGUUUUCUUGUACUAUUGUUCCCAUGUAUAAAUACGCUGUAUGUAUGCUCAUUUGUCAGCUGAGGGUGAAAGGACACUCUGUACAAUUGAUUCAAUAAACCAGACUUUUUGAUUC